CGAAACUGGACUGCUCCUCUCAUAUCAAGUGGCUUGAGCAACAUGGCGGAAAACCGCGAACCUCCUCCUGAUUUAUUUGAAGAAGACGGAAAAAUUUCUGAUGAUGAAGCACUUGUUAAAAGUAAAUCUCCAGAAGACACAAGUGUUAAUAGUGUUGAGGAGACUGUUGAGGUUAAUUUGAAGGAGGAGAGCCCUAAAGAAGAGAAUGAUGACACGACAAACAUUGAAGCGGUCGUCGAUAAUGAAAAUCUUUCAGAGGACAAUGCUGAAAAUGAGGCGGAAAAACCGUCGGAAAAUGAGAGCCAACUCGAAGAAGAAGAUAGUGAACUUAAGGAAAAGGAAAAAGAUAAGCCCAGAGUUUCCAAAGUUACAUUUGAUACUGCUGAGGAUGAUGAGGAUGAAAAGAAUGAAGAGGAAGAUUUAGAACUUGAAGAAACUGAUGAAUUUGACAUUAAAAUCAAAGUUUCUGACCCUGAGAAAGUUGGUGAUGGUAUGGGGGCAUUUAUGCAGUACAAAGUUACCACUAUGACCAGUCUUCCAAAGUUUAAACACCCUAAGAUGGUAGUAUCACGGCGUUUUAGUGAUUUUCUUGGUCUUCAUGAAAGACUGAAUGCCAAGUAUUUGGCAAAGGGAAUGAUUGUUCCUCCUGCUCCAGAAAAGUCAGUUGUUGGAAUGACAAAGGUGAAGUUAGGAAAAGAGGAAUCAGCUUCAGCUGACUUUGUGGAACGUCGUAGAGCUUCAUUAGAAAGAUAUUUGAACAGAACAGCUUCACAUCCGACAUUGCGAGAAGAUGCAGAAUUUAGACAGUUUCUGGAAAUGGAGAGUCUUCCUAAAGCAAGUGGUACCUCUGCCUUUAGUGGUGGUGGAUUAAAACGUUUAGUAAAGAAUAUGGGUGACACAGUAUUUACCUUGACCAAUAAGAUUGAGGAGGCUGAUCAAUGGUUUGAAGACAAACAUAACAAAAUUGAUGAUCUCGAAACUCAACUGAAGAAACUUUACCAGUCUUUGGAGAGUUUAGUUCAUAAUAGAAAAGAGUUAAGUACUUCCAUAGCUGUAUGCUCCAAUGGUCUGGCUAUUUUGAGUGAUAGUGACCAGAAUAAUGGUUUGAAAAGGGCGUUGUCUAUCCUGGCUGAAGUAGAGGAAAAAGUUGACAAAGUCAUUCAAAACCAGAUGGAUUCAGACUUUUUCAUUCUUGUUGAGCUUCUUAAAGACUAUUUAGGCUUGGUUAAUUCUGUGAAGAUGUGCUUUCAUCAACGUCUUCGUGUUUUUACGAACCUUCAAACUGCGCAACAAACGUUGACAAAAAAGCGCGAAGCGCUUGUAAAAGCUGAACUUGCGUCAAAGUCGGAUCGCGUCAGUCAAUUCAAAGAUGAAGUAAAUGAGUGUGAGAAAAAGCUGGAAAGGUGUCAAGAUGAGUUUAAGGAAAUAUCGAAUGUUAUAAAAAAGGAGUUUGUGAGAUUUGAGCGGAAUCGCAGAAAGGAUUUCCGUGACGCCAUCAUUAAGUAUCUGGAAGCGUUAUUGGAAAAUCAAGAAGAAAUUUUGAAACAUUGGGAAGGUUAUUUGCCCGAAGCCAAAGAAAUUGCCUGAGAAAUCGCCAAGUUUGUAUGCGUAGCGUAGAAAAUCGAGCAAAAGAGUUUAUAACUUCGAGUGAUUUUGUUAAUUAAACCACGGAAGUGUGUAAAACAAUUGAAUAUAAGACAGACUAAUAAACGAAACGACUGAAAAUUUUUUUCAACUCAAAUUAGCUUUAUUUUUGCGUAAUAAAUCGAUCGUUCCUUCCAUUUUGAAUUCACAAUAAA